AUGUCGUCUAGCAGAAGGUCGAGACAAGCAAGCUCAGCAUCGUCGAGGAUUAGCAAUGAUCAAAUUACUGAUCUUAUCUCCAAGCUACGACAGUCUAUUCCAGAGAUUCACCAGAACCGUCGUUCCAACACGGCGUCAUCAUCGAAGGUGUUACAAGAGACUUGCAAUUACAUAAGAAGCUUGAACAAAGAAGUCGAUGAUCUCAGUGAUCGUUUGUCCCAGCUUCUGGAAACCAUUGAUCCUAAUAGCCCACAAGCAGCCGUUAUUAGGAGCUUGAUUAAUGAAUAA